AUGUCUGGUUCAGGAAACCCGACCGACCCUAUUUUUUACCCGCCGACCCUAAACUUUUUUUUCGAAAUCGCGGCCGAAAACCGCUAUACUGCGUAUUGAAAAUUUUCUUUUCUGUAGUUAUUGCUCUUUGGGUUAAUAGAGCGCGUUUAUAUCGAUCUUUGGGUUAAUAGAGCGCACAACAAUGGCGGCGCCCAUGGCGUGUUCACCAGCCACUUUGAUGGCCAUAAAACUCCAAAAAUGUGAACAUGGAGCAGAGCGGCAGGUUAUGAAAGCGGUCCAGCAUGGUUGCACAGCUUCGGAAGUAUUCGAGGAGCUCCAUGGGCCAACCAACCCCAAACUGUUUGCCACCAAAUAUGAAGCCCCAACUAGUUUAGGCCCGGGCGGAACGUUUUGGCAGAUUGAGCCCACUACUAGAAUGGGGGACCUCAUUGCCUCAUUUGAUGUGAAAGUGAUCCGAUUAAGCUGUACCCUACUUCCUAAGGGAGGUUUGAUGUCCACACUGCAAAAUGUUUCUGAAGAAGCCACCGCGAAAACAGUGAAUGCUUUCGAAGUAUUAAUGAUGGGGAGACAAGCCUCAAUACCGUCAAAAAAGACUUCAAGUUCUGGCGUUCAGACUGGUUUGAACAGGAAGGAUGAAUUGUUCAACGAUAUUGUAGACCUGUGUGACAAGAUGGGUGCCAAAUUUUCCCAAGACACUGUUGAGUCUGAUGGCAGGUACUUCGUGCAGGUACUCUGCAAUUCUCUUUGGUAUAUUACAAACCAAAUGGAUACUAUCAAUGAAGCAGCACGACAACAGAAAGACGUUAAUCCAGUACCUGAACUGUUCUACAAUUUCUGUGGGUACAACGAGACGAAACGGAAAAAGCAGAAAAGUCAGCCAAUGUCUUCAAGGGGCUUAAGAUCAGAUGCAGAAUGUCUUUUCGGUUUAUUGAAUAAGCCAUACUUGAACUCUACUGUAGGAAAUUGGCCUGAACUUCGCUUAAGUAUUGAGGCCCUGGCAUCAUGUUUGUCGUCUUACGGACAAUAUUUGUACACUCAAUCAAACACAAGUGCAAAGAACAAGGUUCAACCACACCCAUGUAGAACUGUAGAUCAAAAUGCAUCUGUAUACCAUUGCAGUAAAUCAGUAUUAUGUGUUGUAAAAGACAAGUACAAAGUGCUUGACAAAGCUGUAACUAGUGUUGACAUUGGAAACCCUGUCCUGUUUGAUGAAGACUUGCACAUUGAUAAACCUUUUGAGAAUACCAUGCAGAGAUUUCGCUUUUUUGAUAAUUUACAAUUAAGUGUUUCUGUAGAUGUAAUCAAAUACUGUCCUGGGGGUGGGGUUGGUACUACAUUUAUUAUUUCACAGGUGCCAGAAAACAGGUCUGAACCACAAAUGAUGACUGAUGCAGCUCGACUUGUGCAGAGAAUGAGAGGAAGUUUGAAAGAGUUCCAUACUAGGUCGCAGAAAAAGGAGUUCAAAAGGAAAGUGUCUAAUAUUGCAAAAGUACAGCCUAGUCUUCUUGAUUACAUGUAUUCUGAACUGGCCUUAGAUGCAUCUGCAUUUGACAAUCCAGAUAUGCAGCAAAGAUUGCAUGUUAUGUCCUUGGGUGAAUCAGGAUUGGUGAAUGACUUACGACAUCUUAAUCCUGGAAGGCCAAAUGACAGGUAUGAUUCGUUUUUUGAGAAGCUUUGUGAGCUGGUUGAAGAUAACUCUGCUGCUGAUGAACGUAGACACGGUUCCGGUGUUGCACAUUUAUCCAGGUGGAUAUCUUUGUCAGAUAUGAUCAAAGAAACAGUAAGUUUGUGCCCAGAAGAAACACCUGUACCAUCUAAGAGUCUUGUCUGUUUACAGUUUGCUCCUCGUAACCCGUAUGCGUCAACUGCCCUGACAUUUACAUCACGAAUUCCAGUCCAAUAUAAAUACAACGAAGACAGCUAAGAGCACAACAUGUUGA